UCAGAAAUGCAGUUCCCGACAGGAACUGAAAUAAAGGAAAACUCCGACGUCCGGGUAAGGACAGAUUCGAGGACCCUUAAUUAGGGGAUCGAUCUUCCAAAUUGCAAGUUUCGCGGGGACAAGAAACCCUGAAAGAUCCGCGACCGGUCAAAGGCAUCCCUGCUCGGGAUGUCCGGGUGUCGGGGUGUUCCUGGAGAAGGAGGAACGCGAGGGCAGGGGGGUGCUCGUUCGAUUCCUAAACGUCCUCCCCCCCUGUGAGUCAGGGCUCCGAAAACGCCCGACUACCCUCAACCCCUGCGCGUUCCGCGUUUUCCGCGUUUUCCGCGUGGCGGCCGUCGCCAUCCACUAUUUCGGGCAGAAUUGGGCAGAAUUGGGCAGAAUUGGGCAGAAUUGGGCAGAAUCAUGACCGAAGUCAAGAAGGACGACGUCGUCAAGAUCCUCCACACCUACCCCCUUUGCAGGAAAUGCGACAUGACGGACGAGAUGAGACAAGAAACCAUCGAGCUCUGCGUGGCAGCGGCCGAGAAGUACGCCGACAAUUACGAGGGCAUUUCGCGGAUGAUCAAGGAAACCAUGGACAAGAAAUUCGGGGCCUCGUGGCACACCGUCGUCGGCGAGGGAUACGGAUUCGAAAUCACCUAUCAGCUGAAGCACUUGUUGUACAUGUACUAUGCGGGAAACGUGGCGAUUUGCAUAUGGAAAUCGGCGUAACAAUGACCCCGGGAGGACGUUUUCGGAAAUACGUGUCCCACUUGUAGGAAAAACCGGACCAUCUCCUACCAUUAUACGGGUAUAAGAACGGUGUACAGGAAUACGCUGCGAAUACGUAUUUCUGAAAAGAUGCGAGGGGUCGCGGGUAAAAGUACAAGCAUAAUAAGGAGAAUAUUUGCGGGGCGAACGGACCGACGUUUAACGAUUAAGAAUAUUUUCUAAUUUAUGUGCCCUCCAAUCGCACACCAGUCGCGCCUCCAUUGCUAUCUCGUGUACGUACGUAUAUAUUCUAAGAUGCGUUAACCAAAGAUAUUUAUUUAUAAUCGUCUCUAAUGUAAGAUACUGGCAACGAAAUACGCUUCGGUCACGGUCCAAAGGCAAAGUGGUUUACCAUAUUUAUUGCUAUGAUCGAUGGUUCCCGCCCAUGUGUUUUUAUUACUUAAUUAAAAAAUGAAGGAAGCACUCAAGGACUACCAAGGAACGAUUGUCCCUGAUAACGUAGCCGGAAUCGAACAUUUAUAUGAAACAUAAAUGAAGAGAUUUGAAUUUGGUUUUGGCAGGGACUGUACGGCGGAGUAACAUUUUAUGCACUUCUGCACUCUCUAUUACAUCGUAUCGAAGACCGUUUACUUCAUACAUUUCACUGUAAUAAUUUAUUUAAUUUGCCAUCCUUGCUUCUUUAACUUGAAUCUACACGGUU